AUAAAUUUACUGGAAAUAAUAAAAGGGAAACAAAUAAUCCGUAAGGUUAUAUAUUCUAUGCAAAUAAUUUAAAAUGGAUAAUGCUGUUGUAAUAUCGUCGUCUUCUGAUGAAGAAAACAAUUCAAAAUUUACGAAAAAAGUAUCACUCAAAAAGAACACUUCAACACAGAAUAUUGCUAAAAAUUCGAAAAAGUCAAAAAUAUUAGGUAUCGUAACUUUAAAUGACGAUGGAGAUGAUGAAGAAUUUCAGUUGGACAUACAUACCAAAACUCGUGAAGAAUUGGAAGAACAAAAAUUGGUCAUACCACGUCCGCAACCAUCAGUAGCAAAAGUAAUCGAGAAGCCUUUACCAAAACUUAUACCGAAACCCCCCGAAAUCGAUAUUGUUUUGCAAACAAAUGAAACGAACGUUAUACCCAAACCUUUAUUACCAAGCCUUACAAUAACACCUGUAACCAAAACAAAUGAAUCUGAGUCGGCACAAUAUUUAAAAGUAAAAGAUAUUGAUGCAUUAAAGAAUAAUACGACUGAUCAAAUUGAAGUAAAUUCAACAUUAGAAAUUAAUCAAUCCACAAAUUUAUUUAUCGUAAACUCUGAUCAAAAUUCUUCGGCACUAUUGCAAGAAGCUAUUCAAAAAUUAUCACAACAAAAAUCCGAUAUAAUUGUAUCACAAACUCCAGCAAAGCCCUUAUUUCAAAUCACAAAUGUACACACAUUGGCCAAAACAAAUGCUAAAACAACAAUUAAACGGAAACGUGCCGUUGAAAAAAAUUCAAAAUCGAAACGAAUCAAAUCGAAUAAUAGCAGUACUUCCGAAAUUAUUUCAUUAGUUGAUGAUGAAAAUCCAAUUGACACAAUUUCAUUAGAUUCGGAUUCAGAGAAUGAUACAAAAACUGAAAAUAAGAGCGAGGAUCACAAGGAAAUUGUGAGCAAUUGUCCGCCUGAUGAUGAGAAUAGCGAUGAGGUAGUUUGUAUUGAAAAUGCUAUUGAAAAUAUUGAUAUUUGUUCAUCGUCAGAUACUGACAGUGAAAAUACAAGAGGAAGUCAAUCAAACAAAAAAAGUGAAAGAAAAAAUAUACAAGAUGUGGGUACUACAGAAUUAGAAAAAAUGCAGGAAAAAUUACAACAAAAAUUGAAUAGAUAUGUAGGAAAGGUUAAGAAAACAGUACAAACACAAAUUAUUGAGAAAACCAAACAGAUACAAAAAUCCCAAGAAAAUGUCAAAGAAUUUGAAAAUACAGAGGAAUUACAAAACAAGGAAGAAUUAACAAAAGUAAAGGAAGCUGAAACACAGAAUAAAACACAAUUACAAAAAACGAAAAAAAUCGAAGAGUUUGAAGGAUCUGAAAAAGAAAUAGAGUUGUUACAUAAUGAAGAAGAAGGAGAGUCGAUAUCAGAAGUUCCGAACAAAACACAAAUAGAAAAUGCUGAAAAAAUUGAAUUACAAAAUACUGAUAAAACACUCGAACACCAAACCAAUAACAAAAUAGUUGAAAUACAAAGUUCUGAAAAAACAAUAGCAUUACAGAGCCCUGCAAAAAAAGAAGAAAUGCAAAGUCCUAAAAAAAGAAUAGAAUUACAAAGUCCUUACAAAAGAAUUGAAUUACAAAGCCCUGAAAAGAUAAUAGAACAAAUUAUUCAAAGUAGUCCUAAUUUAAAAGUUGUAUUAGAAAAAAUAGAAAUACCAAAUCAAUUCGAUAAAAUUGAUUCAGAAAAAGAGGAUGAGAACGAUGAAAUUAAUGAUAAUGAAAUAUUAUUUGAAAAAUUUUUAGAAACAUGUUCAAGUGACACGGUGCCAAAUAGAUGUCGUUUAAUUAUAAACGACAGUAUUGGAAAAAUACGUAAACGAUAUGAAAAAGCAAAUAUUGAUUAUUUAAAUUCAAAUAAUUUUUCACAAUUAUUAAAUAAAAAAAUUCAAGAAAUUUUAGCAACACCAAUUUCAGCUACUGUUGCCUUUAGUGAAGUAUUAAUGGAUUUGAAAAAUAAUAAACAAGAAAAAGAUGAUGAAUCUAAUAAUAUGGAUAAAGAAACAUUGAAGAAAAUUAAAAAAUUGGAAACUAUGUUAAAAUUAUUAAAUAAAAAAAUUCGUCAGUUAGAACAAGCUGAAAUGAGUUUGGAUGAUGAUUGGGAUGAAAAUGCUACUUAUUUAAAAGAAGAUAGGUAUAAACGAAAAAGUUGUCAGAUUUACAAGAAAAUAUGUGAGCUACAAAAUAGAGAUCCAAAUGCUGGUCGUUUAACAUUAAUGAAAUUAAAUUUUGAAGGCUCGAAGUAUUCAAAAAUUAAUCAAGCUAUUAAUAAAUUAUAUAAUAAAAAACGACAAUUUCCUAACCUUCAUGAUGUUACCAAGUGCAUAAAAAAGUGUGUUGAACGCCACAAAUUAAAACUGACUGAGAGUCAAAUUGAUCUCGAAGCUCGUGAAAUGUUCAAAUUAUUGGGUGAAAAAUUACAAAAACGUAGACAAAAAGAAACCUAUCAAAAUUUAAUGUCUUAUCCAGAGGAAAUUGUGCUAGAGGAUCCAGCAUUGAAAGACAUCGAAUUAGAAAAAAAACUACGUGAAAGCCAUAAAGAAGCGCAUACACGAAUUGAAGAAAUUAUGAAUAAAUUUGUACAAAAACAAGAUUCGGGGGAAGAUGCUUGUUUCAAUGAUGAAAACAGUGCAACCGAAAAGAGUGCUAGUGAUGCUGAAGAUAGUGAGGAAGAUAGUAACGAAGAUGAAGAGGAUACUUAAAAUGUUUGUUAUGAUUUUAUAUCACUACAUUUUAAUAAAA